UUUUUUUUUAGCUUUAUAUGCUAUCAGUAUAUAUAAUUCUUAUAUAUUAUACUAGAUACUAUAAUACUAAAAACUACUAGAUAGUAUAAUGCUAAAAAUUACCAUAGGCGUAGUCACACUGAACACAAUUCACUGUUGAUUAGUGAAGGAAGUAUAGUACUUUACCUUGAAAUACGUAAAUUUUAUAAAUGUGCACUAAAAACUAAUCACCAAGAAGAGAAAUUGUAGAAAUUAUUGCACUCUCAUGUACAAUCUAAUUUUAAAACCCAAUGAAUUUUUUAAAUUUUUUAAAAGUUCGGCGAAAUAGAAUUCAGUAAUGAAUCAAUUUUAACAAAAUAUUCAAUAAAUGUAUCCAACUAAUUAAUAGAUGUUAAAAUUAUAAAUAAAUAACCUAUUGAACAUUAGCAGAUUGUCAAACCACUUGUACAAUAGUGUGAAAAAAUUCGCACAUUCUGUUGGUUUCAUUCGAUAAAUUAAGGCAAGGUUACGUUAUAAAAUGACAUCAGUUUAACUUUUGAGAAUAAAUAAGUAAAUAAUUUUAAUAAUGUAUACGAUAUAUAUCUUUAUAAGUUUGUUAGUCAGCGUAUCAUCAUCAGCUCGUGGGAACGAACUCGAUUAUGAUGGCUGGUUGCAAUUGCGGUUAUGGCACGCAUUUAACGACGAGUCAGAACCCAUAUUUGUAGAACGAGGUAACGUUACAGUAUCUAGUGUUCGUAGUGGUGUCUCUGUUGUUGGACAAAAUGGAUUGUUACAGCCUCAUAUAAACCAGUUAAAAACUCUUGCCAAACAUGAUGGCAAGUACAAGCUCAAAGCAGUAGCUCGUACCUUUUCGGGAAAUGAAAUAACAUUUUUAACUUCUCUGCCUGCGUGUUAUCUUCUUGGUUCUGAUCUUGAAGAUGUUAUAACAAUUUGGCUUGAUAGUGCAGCCGAACCAAUAGUUGUUAGCAUAUCAUCACCUGGCCCUUGUAGCGCAGAGAAUCCAUUCACAAACAUGUGGACGACCAAUGUUGUUGUUAAAUACCCGGAUGGCGGGCCAAUUCCAGAUACUGCUACAUAUAUUCAGAAACUUGAACGUGAGAGAGAAGCAAGGGAAAGAGGAGAGACGAAAGACAAUAGAUCUUUCCUUACAAAAUAUAAAAGAUCAAUAAUCUACUACCCAUUGGCUACAAACUACAAGGCCACAAACUGUUACCAUUGUACAUUAGGACAUGUGUAACCAUUGAGGCUGGUCUUAAAAUGGCAGCGUUUUCUCUAAAUAUUCAGAAACACAUAGAGCCUGGCCUCGUAACUUCCGGUAAAUUCGACGGUUCUCAUGCUUGCCUAGUGGCUGCAACUUAUGGUGGAAAUAUCUUGGUACACAGCCCUCACAGGCAACCACAAAUAACCAGCCACGAUCAUGAACAAUCGGACAGGAAAUUAUCUUGGAGCGGAGAACUCGCGGAACUUCAUAUAGGAACUGAGAUUACAGCAUUAUGCACUGGUCGGCUUAACGAUGAUGAGAGAGAUAUUCUUCUAAUUGGAACCGCAUCUCAUGUAUUGGCCUAUAACAUAGAAGAUAAUUCCGAUAUUUUUUACAAAGAGAUGUCUGAUGGUGCAAGAUAUAUAAUGAUUGGUAAGUUAAGUUGGCUUCCAAAUCAAGUUGCAAUCAUCGGUGGCAAUAGUUCCGUGACGAUCUUAGACUCACAAGGUACAGAAAUAUUCUGGACAGUAGUAGGAGGUACUGUAACUUCAUUAGCCAUCUUCGACUUCGAUGGAGAUGACGAAAACGAGUCGAAGCAUCGAGUAGUUGUUACGAGGAGUUUCGAUUUGAACGGAGACGGUACACCGGAAGUCAUAACUGGUUGGAACAAUGGGAAAUUAGACGCGAGGUCAUUCGACAAUGGGGAAGUAAUUUUUAAGAUACAGUUAUCUGCUGGGAUAGCAGGAAUCGUGGAAGCUGAUUACAGGAGAAUCGGCAAAUCUGAUUUGGUCGUAGUAUCUUCCGCUGGAGAAGUGCGUGGCUAUGGUUCUGGUUCCACGAUGGAUACACCAGAGCCUGGUGAAAUGAUACGCGAACUGUUAGCCAAGAAGCAAGUACUUCAAAUGGAACUUAGGCAGAGAGGUGCAUCUGUUCCGAAUAUGUAUCAUGGAACGAAAUUGGCAGUUAGCUUGAUGACAUCGAAUGGCGCGGCUCGCGUUGCUCUCGCUUCUGGACCUGGACUUUUCGGUGAAACACUGGUUGUCCAUCCCAGUAGACCCAGAGGGGAACUCGAAAUAGAACUUCGCCCUCCGAAGAAUGCUCCUGUCGAUAUGCACGUUAAAGUGUGCGUCGGUCCAGCUGGUGCAGAUCUGUUACAGGUAGCCAAGAAUUUUCACCAUAUACAAUAUUUUAAUAUAGAAUCUCGUUUCAAUUUCUUUACCCCGUCUAAGGUGUUCGAAAUGACGCGUCAAUUGCCACGAUUUUGCAUGUAUCAAAUCAUCGAACGACCUGAACAAAUUGCAGAGGACUUCACAAGAAACAAUGCCACUGCCGAGUUCACGGAAAGGCCUCAAAGAAUCGCACUUUGGUUGAAUCAGAAUCUCGUCCUGCCGGAGGAAUUCGAAGUUAAAGAAGACAAGCCGAACAACGGGGGCAUUGAAAUAUGGCUCCGUGGCAUGAGAGACAAUAAGGUUCAUUGCUUCAUGGCAAAUUCAACAGGGAAAGUAACUAUUCAAACGGAAGAUAUUAUAUUUGCUGGCGAUGUUAUUCAGUCGUUAUCUUUGUACUUGGGCCUCAGAGAGCUUUCCUCCGAGGUUUCAUUUCCGGUCGAAGAGAGGAAGAUGUUGGACGCACUGGAACGCGUGAAAGAGUUGAAGGAAAUUGACAUUAGACUGCAAGCAGAGGCAGCUAAUGAAACUACCUUGCUGAAGAAUAUUAUAAUUCGUUUGGAGGACGCGAGAAUCCUCGAGAAUAUCGACGAGAUGAGAAAGAGACUGGUACAAUUGAAAAAUGUGAAUGUCGAUCUGAUCAGGGAGCACGAAAUCAGGAUGAAAAGUUACAAAGAACUUACGGCGAAUUUGAAGGAACUGAAUCUUGGAGUACAACAUGCAGCUAGAUUAAGAGGUGAUGUUAUUUAUUCUUCUCUUACUCAUUCCCUUGGAACUAAACCAUUGUUUACAUUGUUACUGUUAGUUGGGAAAAGUGCCUCGAAUACAGUAGCACAGUGUAGAGCAGCGAUUCAGGAGGAAAAUUCGAAGGCCCUCAUGCUUGCAAUAAGACAUGGAUGA